AAAAACUAAUUCGUUUUACCUCGUUUAUUCGGUUGUCAAGGUGCGCGGGAUCUUUCUUUCCCAGGAUCCAGAACAAACACCUCUCGUCGUCGGUGACGUCAUGCGCAGACGUGAAGAACGUGAAGUACGUAAUGUCGUGUGCAAACAGGUUUGCAUCAGUACGUUGCUAUACCGAACAGUUCAGUUUUCACAAUCGUAUGCGCUGUAUCACAACAAAAAUAAUCACGCUACACAUUAUCAGCUUCUUCAGUGGUUUAUCUACUUCAGUUCCUUAUACCACAUGGCAAAGCAACGCACAAGUGUAUAUCCAAAAGGCUCAGACUUUUUUGUUUCCAUCUACACGGGUACCUGCUCUCACCUGGGGUUAAAGCCAGGCAACUGUUUCUUUUGAGCUUUCGUUUACAUGGCAAAAUCUAGCUGUGAACUUUAACAUCAUCUGUUUUGAUUAUGCAGAUGUGUUGAUUCUUUCAUCUAUCUUAAUACCUGUAAAGGAAUUCUGGGAUACUAGUAGAUGUCAAACCUGAGCUGUGAAGAGGUAGAGGAAUGGACUAAUUGGGCAACCUUGCCUCACUCCUCUGUUGAUUUCAAAUAUAGAUGAUGCUGUAUUUGUCCUUCCCUGUGACCAUGUUCUGGAUCUCCAACCAAGCAGAGUAUUUUGAAGAAUAUAUUGUGAAGAGAAAGAGGGAGAUUUUCCCCCCCGAUGAGAAGAUGCAUAGGAAAGAGCUGGAAGACUUCAAAGAGCGGAUGCGAGACCGCAAAGAGCGGCGUCUACUGAAACGGAUGGCCUUGGAGGAGGCUGAGAAGGAGUGAGGAGGACCGUGCAGAGAGACAAUCGGAGGAGGUCGAUGUCCCCAAUGCCCAAUCAGCUGCCUGUUUUUCUACUUGGACUGGACUAGAACAUGUGCUCUGUCACAAAAGACACCCUAUUACCUAUUUAGUAUACUACUUUGACCAUGGCCCAUAGGGCUCUGGUAAAACGUAGUGCACUGUAUAGGAUAAAGGGUGCCGUUUGGGGUUGGAGGAUUUUGGAUGUCGUGGAGUAUGUAGGCUAUACUAUACACCGUUUGGGAGGGUGUGCUUGAGGGGGACCUUCAAGUUACCCCUUUGAACCGAAUAGUCUUGCUGAAAAGCUUUUAAUGAAAUGCUUUAUUUCACUGCAAUCAAACUAUGACUUUAUUGUUGAUGAUCUGCUCAGCGAUGGUGUUGAUGUAAAACAUUGAGUGUGUAUGAUUGUCUCAUAAAAAAAGAUGUGUGAAUGAAAUAUGAGGACAGAAUCAUAUGGCUUGGAAUAUAAUUUAUUUUUUAUGUUUUAGAAUACAUGUCUUUUGUACAUGGGUGUUUCAACAUUGUCCUUCAUUAAAGUUUAAAUGUGGUUUUGCCUGUUUUUUGUUGUUGUGAUGACCAUUCUGGUCUAGAAACGGUAUGAUGUCACAAAGCCUCUGUGUUGUGGUUUGGACCAUGCAUUUUAGGGCUGAGUCGUGUUCAGUUGGGAGAAAACAUUUAGAAUCUGGCAGGUACUAGCUGAAAUCAUCCAAUGACAACACAUUUUUCAGUUUUGUGUCAUAAAACGUUUUGCUACGGUGUGCUCUAAUGAACACAACCCUGCAUGUAUUCACCUACUGUAUCGUCCCUCUAAUAAGUCAAGUUUUAUAGGGACCUCUGGAAACGGGACUAUGGAGGCUAGUAGGUGGUUGGCAGCUCGCCUGCAUACCCGCACGGUGCUCGGGAAACACUUCUGGACGCACAACUUCUCCGUUUCCCUACUCUUGGAUGAGCUGGGCAAUGUGCCACAAGUCACAGGGUUGAUUUUCUGCAAAGUUCGCUUGCUUGAUGGCUCCUUUACUGAGGAAUCUCCAAGGUGAGCAUGGAGGUGGGUACAGCAGAAAUAUGGUGUGUCACCAACUCUAGUGAGCAAGGGAGCUUGUUGUUGAAUCUGUAGUCUUUCCUCGAUUCCUCACGUCCUCUCACCUGAAAAAUCAGUGAAGCAAGGACAGACUGCAUUAGAGGCGAACAUGCAAGAUUUGAAGAAAGACUUAAGAUUCACCCACAGUUACACAAAUACUAUUAUCAAGUUGUGUGUGUAACCCACAGACUGGAAGUCCUGCACAACUCAGUGCAAUGGGGAAAGAUGUUUGAAUUUGAGUGCCGAACUGCAGUCAACAGCUUGUCUGGAGUCCUGGAUGACUGCUUGUGUAGACUGUCAGUUCGCAAGGACACAAAGGGAGGAAGGUCAUACCAAAAGGUGGGUUAUGUCGACCUCAACCUGUCUGAGUAUGCAGGCUCUGGGUAUGUGACUCGGCACUGCCUCCUAGAGGGAUAUAUGAACAAGGACAACAAGCUGGACAACUCCCUUCUCAAGGUGGGCCUACAUAUGCAGCUGCUCCAGGGAGACCCAUGUUUCAGAGUUCCUACCCAGCGUUCACUACCAAAUGGAACUUUAUCAUCUGAGAAUGUUGAGCAGCCCAGAGAAAGCACCUCCAGUCACUCUGAGCCUGGUUCAUCAGAGGACACCCUGAGAAGGCAGCUGGUGAUGAAGGGGGGACUACUGCUUGAUGCCAUGCCCAGUCAGAACCCAGAGGCACAGGAGAGGGCCAGAGUUGUCGGUCAGUUGACUCGGGUCGGGAACACACGGGUGGAUGCCCAGGAUGUGGUUGAAAAUCUCUGUCUAGAGAGCUUGGGCUCAGUAUUUGAGCUCCCUCCUCCCAUGGAAGAAGCUGGACUUGCACUCUUUGUUGGUCAGGAUGGCACCACAACCCUUGGUGUCACUCAUAUACAGAACAGGGACUCCCAUGCUGGAAGUGUAGAGAAUGUCAUCAUAAUGAAAUAAAUACGAUGAAAUAAAGAUGUUUCGCAACCAAACCACA